AUGGCAGCUCGAAUGGCCGAUGACGACGAAUGGGAGACAGACAGCGACGACCUGGACUUCAUUCCACAAGAUGUCGGAGACUAUGACGAAGAGGACGAAGACGACGAGGAUGACGACGAGCAAAUGUUUGAUGAACAACAAGAUGACAGUGGUGAUGAUGACCCGGCCAUUGACCCCAAUGGACGCUAUGCCCAGCGCAUAUUCGAUACUAUAUCCAGUCUCUUUGCUAGAGCUGUAGGAAACACUAGCGACGACAUGGACGACGAGGAAGACCUGCCAUCAAAGUCACAAGCUUCUCCACCACGGUCACCAUUGAGCAGCAGCUUACAAGUGCUACAGACCUCCCCUGACGCUCGAAUGUAUAAAGUGCUACGCCAACGUGAGCUCCAAUAUCACAAAGUCAUGCCAACAAACACAAGUCUAGCUCAAAGGUUUAUGCCCGAUACUACUACGUCGUGUAUCGAUCGAGUCGAAUCACCGGUCUACACCGGAAAGUUUAGUGAUGACGGCUCAUUCUUCUAUGCAUGUACUCGCGAGUUUAUGAUCCACUUGUACGAUACAUCUCGUGGCGACUUUGUCAAGGUUCGAUCCAUUCAAGGAGAACCAGGACGAUGGACUAUUACCUCUUGUAGCUUAUCCCCCGAUAAUACCAGCAUGGCUUAUUCAAGCAUCACGCCCUUCGUAUAUUUAGCAAAAGUUGGACAAGAAGGCUGGCGAUUAGACGAUGAUCAGGUUUUGUUAAACUUCAUGAGGCCCAGUGACAGAGGCAACGGAUUUGGGAUCUGGAGUAUACGGUUUUCUGAGGAUGGACGAGAGUUGGUUGCUGGAACGUCGUCUGCUAGUGUAUAUCUCUAUGAUGUAGAAUCGAAAUCAGUUGUUACGGCUAUCCAAGCUCAUCGUGAUGAUGUAAACGCAGUAUGCUUCGCGGAUGCUUCGUCAAAUGUAGUUAUUAGUGGUUCUGAUGAUACUACUUGCAAAGUUUGGGAUCGACGCUCCUUAGCUUCAACUCGAGACCCAACUGGUGUACUCGUUGGUCAUACUGAAGGAAUCACAUACGUAUCAAGCAAAGGAGAUGGCAGACAAGUAUUGUCGAAUGGCAAAGACCAAUCCAUGAAACUCUGGGAUUUGCGAACCAUGGCUUCGGCUUCAGAAUACAAGGAUUUGGCUAGAAUCGACCUCACGCAGAACUUUGAUUAUCGUUGGAUGCCAUAUCCAAGGGCAAAACCUCUCAAACAUCCUGCAGACCUCAGUAUCUGUACGUACCGAGGCCAUGCAGUCUUGAAGACACUCAUUCGAUGUGACUUUUCACCGCCAUCAAAUACGGAUCGAAAAUAUGUCUACACAGGCUCAGCAGACGGCCGUGUGUUAAUAUUUUCCAUCGAUGGCGAGCUGGUGUCAAGGAUGAAUGUAGCAGAUGCAUUCAAUGAACAGGCUCCUCCUGUCAUCCAGCCUCAAGUGGCGGAAGGCAGCAGUGAAAGUGAAGGUGUACUCAGGUCUAGAGCAUUACGUGCUCGAAAUCUUAUAGCUAGGCGUGGACAGUAUCGUGGAUUAGUUACGCGAGAUGUCGCGUGGCAUCCGACGUAUCCAUUAUUGGUCAGUUCAUCAUGGGCCGGUGAAGAAGAGGCUUCCGAUGACAUCAGUCCAGACACACAAGCAUCAUCACUUCGAUCCUCUUCUAGCGAUCGUGCUGAAACUGCUCAGCACCACGCGGCAUUAGUGGAAGAUGAUGAACUCAAGGGUCGAGAUGCAUUCGACAUGGACCAGUCCAAAGGACUCGAAACUCACUCAAUCAACUAUGAGUCAAUGGACGAUGCCCGUUACGUAGUCCCUACAACUGAUGACCCAACUCUCCCAGUCUUGACAUUCCGAUUCUGGAUUCUCUCAACAGUAUUCGUGAUAAUCGGAGCAACAGUUGGUCAAUUCUUUUACUUUCGAUCGGCAACAAUAUCGUUAUCCCUCUUUUUCGUUAUUUUGGUAUCAUAUCCGUUGGGUGUUGGGCUGUCAAGGGUCAUUCCUCAGGGAUUUGUGGGUGGAUCGAAGUUUUGUUAUUGGAUGAAUCCGGGGCCGUUCAAUGUUAAGGAGCAUACUCUUAUCGUGAUUGCUGCAUCAUGUGGCAUAUCAGUCGCAUAUGUCAUUGAUGUGCUUUCGGUCCAGAUUUUGUACUAUAAGCAAGACAUUGGUGUUGUGCCCUCGAUCCUGCUUCUUUGGUCAACACAGUGUCUUGGAUAUGGACUUGCUGGUCUCUUACGCAAAUGGCUCGUCUAUCCAUCUCAAAUGGUCUGGCCUGCUUCUCUACCAUACGUGCAGCUAAUGUCAACCUUUCACGGUGGUCAAGCAAAUCCAAUACUCACUCGUCAGCGCUUGACAUUCUUUCGUAACGCCUUAAUCAUAUUCACCAUCUAUCAAUUUAUACCUGGUUUUAUUGCUCCAUCAUUGACAUCCAUUGCUGUCUUGUGUUUGAUUGGUGGUGGACCAUCGCAAAGGAUAUCAAGAUUGCUUGCUCAAGUCGGAUCUGGAUUCAAUGGAGCUGGUGUGCUUACGUUUUCGCUUGACUGGAGCUAUGCUGGAGCUUUGGGUCCAUUGGUGACUCCAUUCUGGGCUAUGCUAAAUGUGGUUGGAAGUGCUGUUGUCUUUGGUAGACCUGCGCCAUUCUUUAGUUUCUUUUUGCCACUCGCCUCACCUGAAGUCAUAUUAGCAUGGAUCAUCAUGCCCUUGCUGUAUCGCUUCACCAAUCUAUGGAAAGCUCAAGACUUUGUCAACAAAGGUCAAGCUUUCUCUACAACGACAUUUGAUGAGAUUUUGUCUCGCUACAACAUAUCUCGAGUGCUGAUUCCAGAAUCCAAAACACUAAAUGAAACGGCCUAUCAAGAAUACUCACAGCUAUACUUAUCUCCAUUCUGGGCUCUUGGAUAUGGAACUGCAUUUGCUUCACUAUCAGCCACUUUGGUACACGUUGUUCUGUUUCAUGGCAAGGAUAUUGUGGAGAGAUUUCGUGAAGACAAGAAGGAACAGAAUCGGGAUGUGCAUAUGAGGAUGAUGAGAGUGUAUCCAGAGGUACCCUCUUGGGUUUACUUGACUGUCUUGAUUGGAAUGACUGCGUUGUCUAUUUUCAUUGUGGAAAUAUGGAAUGUAGAUCUGCAACUACGUUGGUGGGGUGUCCUUCUGUCAAUAGGCUUGGCUGGCAUCUUUGUCUUGCCAGUGGGAAUCAUUCAAGCCAUCAGCAAUCAGAGCAUCGGAAUCAAUGUCGUCACUGAGAUGAUUAUCGGUUUCAUAUCACCUGGACAGCCAAUUGCAAACAUCCUGUUCAAGACUUAUGGAUACAUGACAUUGUCUCAGGCUUUAAAUCUGGUGUCUGAUCUUAAACUUGGAGUAUACAUGAAAAUUCCACCUCGAGCCAUGUUUAUUGGACAAUUCUAUGGAACGACCAUCGGGGCUGUCGUCAACUAUGGUGUCAUGAAGUUCUUGUUGAUGUCCAUUCCAGAUAUUCAAAACAAGGCAAACGGAUUGCUUGUGGGCGACGAACAAUGGAAUCCUCGUUACUCUUCAAUCUUUUAUGCUGCUAGUGUCAUAUGGGGUAUGAUUGGGCCAGCCAAAUUCUUUUCGCAAAUGUAUGGAGUCUUGUAUUGGUUCUUCUUGGUUGGAGCGAUGUUUCCAAUACCAUUCGCAUGGUUGGAUCGCAAAUACCCAAACGCUGGAUUCAACCUUAUUCAUUGGCCAAUUAUCUUCCAAUCAACUGUCUUUAUUGCUCAAAAUGGUGGCAACACGAUUGCUUCUGCAUUCAUUGUUGCUUAUGUGUUAAUGCAUUAUGUUCGACGCCAUCAUCCAAGGUGGUUUUAUAAGUACAACUAUACCCUAUCUGCAGCAUUGGAUUCAGCUUCCUUCUUGGGGAAUCUGAUGAUAUACCUAUUCUUCACGCUUACUGGAGUCAAGUUUGUCAAUUGGGGGUUGAAUCCAGACCAGAAGUUUUGGAGCAGCACAGAAUACUGCAGCACAGUCAAAACUUUUAUAGAAGCCCCGUCCUGA